CACGUGACUCAAAUCACUUCUCAUUUGCAAUGGCCGCUGCAAAUGUUGAUAAACAAAACGACGAGACCUCUGACUUCAAUAAUAAGCUAGAACUUUUAGAUAAUGCAGAUCGUAUGUGCGAAACAGUUACAAAAGAAUCUAAAGAUAUGCCAUUAGAACCAUUAAAUACACCGUGGACAUUUUGGAUUGACAGGUCGACUACUCAAUAAUUAUGCCUAAAUUUUAAUAAUAUAAAUAAUUAAUUUUAUUCUAUGUUAUUCAUUUAAUUUAAUCAUUGUCAUUGAAUUACUUCAUAGAUUCUUUAUUAAAUUAUUGCUGUCCUUUUUUAAGUCUUUACUUAUUUAUAUUGUCCCAUCCUGCCGAGAGUUGACAUUGUGAACUUUGUCCUUCCUUUUGUAGCUCUACUAAACUUAUUUGUGUAGAAUGACUAGCCGACUAGCCUAUUCAAAUGGCCAUGGCCAUGGCCAUACUCUAUGGCCGGGUAUGGCUUAAUUUUAUGACUAUGAUUACUAUGAAAGAAAUAAUGAUAUUAUAUAAUAUAUUAUAGAUUUUAUUAUAUAAUUAUAAAUAAUAUAAGCUCAGUUUAAGUAUAAUAAGUACUGGUAUUAAGUUAAGUAUGCAGAGUAUGCAGUUAUUAUAUUUAAUUUUAUAGGCCUAAUUGUAUUUGAAAUAUUGGUCAAUAAAAUUAAAUGCAAUUGGUAAAUUUUGGAUUAACUUUAACGGUAUGGGUUUUGCCAAGAGUUUCUCACCCUAAGCACAGUGACGUCACUUUGGGGAAUCCCAACACUGGACUUAGGGUGAAUAGAUCUAUUAAUUGUAGGACCCAAAUGAUGUGUGUGAUAACAUUCCUGUUCUUUACUGAGCAUUACUUGCGUCAUAAAAGAUACGGUUAAUAUGAAGUAGGCCUAUAUUAAAAUGAAAUUUUCCAUUAUUUUGUAUUAAAAUUCAACUUACACGUUUCAAAAUAAAGGAAAAAAGAAACACCUCCUUGCUGAUACCCAACACUGGUGGAAAAAAAGACGUGCGCCAAAGAUGCUGUAUUUUCAUUAGUCGAAAAACAAAACACGUACAUGUUAAAAUUUGGGUAACAAAAGAGAGAUUACUGCUUAACUCAUUCCCUCCCGUAAUGCUACUUCCGUAUUUAAUUUAUUUGCCUGAGAAAGGGAAGUAACUCCGUUUGCAAUUGAUUUACAUUUGUAAAAUAUUUAUUUAAGCUGCUAAAUAUUAUUUAAUGUUAACGAAUUAAGAACAAAUGCAACAAAGAAUGAAUAAGGUUUAAUAUAAAUAUAACAUUAGCGGGGAAAAAAUAACGAACAAUGGCCAAAAAAUCGAUUUUCGGCACCUCGGACGAACACAUGCUACAUAUAGACGCGCCGUACUAAAGCACACAUAGUUUUAAAAUGAAACAAGAUAAAAACUUCGGGUUUCUAAAUUAAAAUCACGCUGAACCACGCCAUCACCGGAAGUCUCGAGGGAUGCGAGAUUUCAUUGCUAUUUUUAAAUAGAUAUGAGAGAGGUGUGUCGCUAUGCGCCGGGAUGCAUUUGGACGCAUCCGAAGAAACCCGUAAAGGACGCAUUUAGUCGCAAACGUCGGGAAUGAGUUAAAUUGCAUUUGGAAUGAUCUUUCUAGGGCCCCUUCCCAAACCCCUCCACCCUACUUUAAACACCAAAAAAAGAAACAAAGAAGUCCUCUGGGGAUUUCAAAAAGAAAACAAAAACAUGAAUUAUGCGAAUACAAACAUCAAAAUCUUUUUAGUAUGGUGCUGCUGUAGACAGAAGUUGACCUGGGGGAACCUCCGUGACCUAUACCAUGGUACACAUCGCCGACCUUACUGCUAACCCAAAAUCAACCACACAAUCCAUAUAUUCGGGCCUGGUUUUUAUUAAACAAUUAGGACUAAUCAUUAAUGGCCUGAAAUGAUAGCACAUUAGUAAAUAAAUUCUUACUGAAGACUGAAACAUUUGUAAAUUGUAUUUUGUUGAGUUGGCAACCCUGCCACAUAGGCAUCAAGAAAUUAUUUUAUGUCAAAUUGACUCACUGGGUAACAUUAAGCUUGGUAUGUGAGUUUUGAAGUAUCAUUAUCAAAUUUUGAGUGGUACAAAUUUAAUAUAAGGGACCUACAUGCAUGAAAAGUGAUAGGAUUGAAAUAUGCUGACCACAGUGUACUUAGAUUUGUACAUCAUGUACAGCUAGUACAAGCUUCUGUUCAUUUUGUCACCUGGUUUUUAAAUUAAAAGCAUUUUAAAUAUGUAACUUAUUAUUUUUGACAGAUCUGUCCGUGGCACCACUGCCAGAGAGUAUGAAUCAUCUCUCACUAAGAUCUACACAGUGGAUACAGUCCAAGUAGGUUAUUUUUAUUAUGUGUCAUGAAUAGUUAACUAGUAAGUUUGUAUUUAUAAAGAAAUAUAUAUAUAUAUAUAACAAUAUCAAAACAUGGCUAUUAGUAUUAAUGCUUAUGCAACUUGGUUACCCUUUUUUAUGUCAUUUUACAUCGUUUAAUUACAUGAAAGAAGUUAAGUCUCGUGGUCUCAAUGUGAUACUCCAAGAGCAGUUUUAUUUUGAAAAUUCCACUGGUAUUAGCACAGAACAGGAUGUCUCACAUGAUAGACUCAUUCAUACUUGUCCACAAAAAAUAUCAUGCAGCUCAAAAUUCAAAAUUUGUGCUCAAAUUUUGAAACAUCGCUCGCAAACCUAUACUAAAAUGUAUUAAAAAUGUAUGAUUGUAUCCUCAUUUGCUUGUAUUGUAUCCUAGCUUACUUGUAAUCCAAUGUUCUACUGUACCAAAAUUUAGCUAAAUCCCCCAUAUUCAUAUUCUAUUUCUAUGUACUAUAUAACUCUAGGCUAUAAUUUAUAAAUCAUAAAAGUAUGUUAGUUAGAACUGACUGAAAAUUGCAGCUUUAAAUUUUGAAAAAGCUAACCUAACCUUAAUGAAAUUCCAAAUAAAAGUCCAGAGUUCUUUUUAUAUUUUCAUUAAUGAUUGUUCAUCUUGUAAUCAUUUUUGUAAUUCUUAAUGUUUUAUUAUCAAAGGGCUUUUGGAGUGUGUACAACCAUAUCCCAGACCCGUCCAAGCUGAGUAUAAGAUACAGUUAUCACCUAAUGAGGGCGCAACGCAGGCCUGUUUGGUAAGUACAGUAAUAAGACAUGAUAGCAUUCAGACGGGAAGUUAAUUUAUUUGUGACUGUUUUCAUUGACUAAAUUCUAUUAUAUUGGUUUUUUUAAUGUGCUACAGGUGAUUAUAUUUUGGACAUCUUUUACUCCUUCUAUUGUACACUACCCAUACAAAUAUUUUUAAAAAUUGAACCAGACUGUAACAUACAAGAAUUAUCAAAAUAUUACUUAUUUCUUUCAAUUUUUAGUGUUGACUCCAUAUAUAAACAGAUUGGUUAUUGAAUGGUGUAAAUACUAAAUAUAUGUAGCAAAGUAAUGAAGUAAAUUAAUAUUCUAUUUUGUUUGAAUUCUUCAAGGGAAGAUGAGGAAAACAGUGAAGGUGGAAGUUGGACUUUCAAGUGUAAAAAACAAGACACAGUAUGUAUUUUGAAGAUAUCUAUUCCUAAAAACGUACAACUAAUUUCAUGAAGAAAAAAAAAAAAAAAGGAUAGAGAAAUGUAUAAGUAAAUAAAAUUUAUUAAUAACCAUUAAGUUGGACUUUCAAGUGUAAAAAAAAAGAAAAAGUAUGUAUUUUAAAAAAAUCAAUUCCUAAAAAAGAAAAAAUAAUUACAUAAAGAAAAAAAAAAAAAAAAGGAUAGAGAAAUGUAUAAGUAAAUAAAAUUUAUUAAUAACCAUUUUCAUUAUGUUGAUUGAUUUGAUGUCAUAGAUUAGUUGAAGUUAAAACAUCUUGAUCAUUAUGGUUAAACAUUUUUGCAUCAAAUAAAAAUACAUUUGAAUCUCAGUUUCAUUUUUUUCAACUUUGUCCUCUCACUCUCAGGAAGAAAUAUGGAAACAACUGCUUCUGGCUGCCAUUGGGGAACAGCUCUCUGACUGCAUGGCAGAAGGUUAAAUUAAAUUUUUCUAUUUUAUUUAAUAUGUCUUAAGAAUUUAAAAUUUAGGACAAAAAAUCUACUUGAAAUUAAAUGGAUUAUUUUUCCAAAGUUCCCCAAACAUAUUUUAAGGUGCAAUUGCAAUGUCAUUAGAUGUGGAAAUUUUAUCCUCUUUCUGUCUGGUCUAAACAGUUGCAUAUCUCUUAAUAAAUCUCUGACCAUUUCUAAUUUUCUAUGAGCGCCAAUAAAAAGUAUGCUGUUGAAUCUUUUCUACCAUGGAGCGGUCUAAGAUGUUCCAGGAUGCUUUUAUACAAUGCAUUGAUCCUUUAAGCCUUUUUAGAGAAUUAUAAUGCAGUUAGUUUUUCUAUAGUUGUGAGAAUACUGGCAUCACAUUCUUUCAUUGAACUCAUCCAUACAAAAACAGGAACUCCCAAUUCAGGAUACCAUUUGCCUCCCAGGAAAGUCUUUUAUGUUCCAUUCAUCAUUUAUGUUACAAUAUUUUAAGUUCUUGAACUCCUUUUUUUAAAAAAUCUCUGUAAUUCAGUUCACCUAAUUGUGAGGAUGCCGUUAGUGAUGUGGUUAUUUCCCAGCAUAGAUACACAAUAUGCUUAAAAGAGUUGACAUAAAUAAAGGUUUUACUUAAACUUCAGAAUUUGUACCAACUGAUCAGCACCAGUCCUGGUACGAUUUUGGUGUACAACGUACGACUCUGAGAUCUCUGUUAGGAUUGUAUGCCAAGACCUGUCAGAGUUUCAAUUUUAAGAGAUCGGGUUGAAAAAAAUAUAUUCCAGCAGUUUUUCAUUAAAAAAAAAUUAAAUUGUUGGUUUUGGCUUCCUUCUUCAUCAGGUGGUGAAUGGCCCUAGAAAUGCGACUUGUUCGGCAACAUCAAUAAUUGUAAACACUGAGACGGGGAGUGGGGGGGGGGGUUGACUUACUGGUGGAGUGUACUUAGUGUGCAGGUGUGCAUGGGAGAGGGGAGAGGGAGGUACCUAAAUAAUUUUAAAGGCUAUAAAAUAACACCGCCUUGUAACGAUGGUGAUAAUCAUCAUAUUGUUGCUUUGUGUUUUUACUUGUUCGGCAACAUCAAUAAUUGUAAACACUGAGACGGGGAGUGGGGGGGGGGGUUGACUUACUGGUGGAGUGUACUUAGUGUGCAGGUGUGCAUGGGAGAGGGUAGAGGGAGGUACCUAAAUAAUUUUAAAGGCUAUAAAAUAACACCGCCUUGUAACGAUGGUGAUAAUCAUCAUAUUGUUGCUUUGUGUUUUCACAAUGAACUGGUUAGAUACAGCAUUAUGUUAAUAUUAGCAUAGUUGCCCUAGUGACACAUCAAGUCAAUAUUCACUUUUGUUUGCCUCAAGGAUGUUAUUAUUUUCAUUCUUGGCAUUAACGCACAUUUAAAAUAUGUAUACCUCACAUUUUUUUAUAACAGUAUGCACCAUUCGGUGUACAAGACCUUCUUUUGAACUUUUCAACAAAAAUAGAUUGCAAUAAGUAACCUUAAAUAAGAAUUGUAAACAAUUUUACUAUUUAGCAACUAAUAAAAUUAAAGGAUGUAUAUAAGCACAGCUAGAUAAAUAGAAAAAGCAUUUCUUCAGCUGUUCUCUGUUUAAGUGUAGAAUGAUGCAAAACUACAUUCAGGUGUAUGCCAAAGUGUAUCCCCCUACCCACACUUUUACCAUGGUGACUUUGACAGUGUACACAAUAUCCGCUCCCAAAACCCAUCUUCGUCAGGCAUCUACUUUGGGAAUGUGACCUUUAGUUAGCCAAUAGUUAUUGUAUACAUGCAAUGGCGUAGCCAGGGCUAGUAUCAACUGGGGUGACCCCAUAAUUUUGCCACCCCCUUCAAAGGAAAAACUGCAGUUGUCCGAAAAUGUUGCCCCUCAAUAUAUAGAAAAAAAAGUGUUGCCUUCCAAUGGGCCUGUAUGCAUCACAUUGUAUGUUUUUUAUUUACUAUUAUCAUAGAAUCAUAGGGCAUUGUAUGAUUUUGUGAUGGUAAAUUACUAUUCUGAAAUGAUUUUGUACUAUUUUUGGAGUUCCGGGGUAACCCAGUCUACAACCAGCGGUGACCAAAGUUGUUUUUUGUAUCUGAAUUUUCCUAAUUGAUUGUGGCGGUUUUCCCAACUUGUCUUUUUUUUUAAAAAAUGUAUGCUUUUCCCCUGCAGUAUUAUUUCCUGUGACCUCUCUUGCAAGGUACUAUAAAUAAGCUUUAUUUAUUUGUUUUCGAACAUUAUCAUAAACUAUUAUAACUGAAAUUACCUGUCUAUACAGUACAAUUUGAUAAUGUUUGAGAACUGUGCAUCCUAUUACCUUUGCUAACUAUCAAGAGUCUAAUCAGAAUAACAGAAAGAUGUGUUUAUUUGACAGCCUCACUGUUCAUUAACAGGAUAUAAAUCAUCUGCUAUUUGCUGUAAUUAGCAUUACUGCAGGUGCACACAGUGGAAAAAGGGAAAGAACACAGUUUUUAUUUAUGAAUCCAAUAGUUUUUGGAAUAUUAAAAAACAAGGCAUUUCAAGCCAUUUGAUGGUCAUUCAAAAACCUUGUUAAUUAUAAUUAAUUGUUAUCUUACUUUCAACUUAAUGUGUUUUGUAAAUUUAUUUUUCAGAUGAUGAUGUUAUUGGAGUGAGUGUGAGCAUUCGAGACAGGGAUGACCUAAUAUUGAUAUGGAAUCGAUAUGCACGAAUGAAAGAUGAGUCAACACUAGUACAGAAAGUUAAAGAUCUGUUGCCUCACAUUAGUUUUAGCACUGUAUUUUACAAAGGUAUUGUUAUAAAAAAAUUGUCUUUUCAAAAUCUAUACAUUAAGUUUCGCAAUAUGUACCAAUAGGAAAGACGAAGAUUAUAUUGGUAUAUUUAAAAAGAGUAGUUAGAACUUGGUUGUUAAUGCUGUUGUUUUUAAGUUCUACUUCCUAAGUUAUACAAUUCAAAGAUUGGUGAAUGACUAGAAUGAUGACUAUUUAGAAAUGAAAUGAACAUUUUAUUGAACAUUUAUUUCAGCUUUCAGUAUGCAUGAUGCAUUUGAAGGAAGAAAAAGUCAGCGAGUCCAGUCUCGAUGAUAGUGAAGUUAAUCUUUUAGUGUUUCGUAUACUUAAAUGAGGUAAGUUCAAUCUAUUUAAAGUUUCUUUGAAAAUCGUCUCCUUUUUUUGUUGUCAUAUGAUUACCUCAUGUAAUAAAUGAUUACUGUAACCGGAAAAAGAUGCUUAAAACAACUUUAAUACAGAAAUAAGACGUAAUUGAAAUGUUUUUUACCAGUAGUAGUAAUCCCUAUUAUUAAAUUUGAAAUGCCGUCCAAUCCCCAAAAAAAUGAGUUUAUAUAUAGUUGUAAGCCAGUUAGAAUUUUAACACUAAACUUUUUGGAUAAAUUGUGUUAAUUGUAAUGUUAUGCUGUGUUGUUAAUACCGGUAAUAAUACUAUAAUAUGUUACUAAGUUAUGUGUUGAAAAAAAAUGGUGCAACUUAAUUUUUAUAAUUAAUCAUUUUAAUUUUCUCCACCAAGUUAAUUUUUACUUUCUUUAUUUUCCAGAAUGCAAAAUUUAAUAGUCUAUGUAUUAAUCAUAUUCAUGGACACAUAAGCCUCACUUUGUAAUGAUCACAAGAGCAGGAAAUGCCAAGCAAAGAAAUGAGUCAUGUGAUAAUGCUACUCGGGGAAACACCCUUUACCAUUAAAACCAUUUCAUGGCAUUGAAAAGCGGGAUUAUAAUUGAAGUGUAAAGGACAAACUUUACCUGCUUUGAUGAACAAAAUAUCAUGUAAUAUUGAGCCUGCUAUUAAUUUAAAUUACCUGAAUUUAAGAAGUCACAGCUAUAUUAUUUGUAUAGUGCUUAUUUAUUUUCUGUUAACAUUAAGUGAAUUUUAAAAAUCUAAAUGUUGAAAGAAGCUAUCUAAUAAACAUGAAACUGGGUAGAUUCAGUUUUAUUAUAUUAGAAUAGUUAAACUCUGAAGUUUUCCUGAAGCAUAAAUCUAGCCCUGUAUCAGCUCCAGUUCAGUCAACCUGUGCAGUGUGUCUGCUUAGUUGCAUGCUUAUUAUAUCCAGAAGAAAGGGGGUGGAGGACCCCGGAAAAAAAAGUGGGGUCAAGGUCUUACUUGAUGUGAGAGUCAGAUUUAUUUUGUGUACCGGUAUUCAGUUUUAUUUAUAAGAAUUAUUGUAACAUUCACAGAUUUUUCAAAUACAUCGUUUCAUAUAUUUAAAAAAUUUUUUUAUCAAAGUAAAAAAUUCAUUGCUAUGUGAAAUAUGUUUCAUUAAACAUUUUAAAACUAUUUCGACUUAAAUAUAUGAAGUUAGUCAUUUACUGUAAAUGAUUUAUAUAAUAAACACUUCAACAAUACUUUCAUUUUUAAUAGGGUAAAUAGCAAAAGAAAACCACAUAAAAAUAUAGCUUUUUACGUUUCAGUCAUUAAAAAUUGCUUUAAAAUCAAUAUUUUUAUGUUGUUAUUUUCGCUAGCCACUCCACAGAAAACCCCUUGCAACCACCCUAUUUUGGAGUUGGUAACCCAUGCAUUCAGGCCUGGAUGAACCAGCAAUAUAAUCUUGAUGCUAUAUGUGCAAAGGGUAUCAAGAGAAAGGGGAACCACAAAAUAUACACCG